UGGGAGUCACUCACCCAGCGUGAGCUCUAAGGCACAGCAAAAUAAAGGCAACUGGUCCCACUGCCUUGGACACCUCCCAGUAUGGAUGGCUUGGUUGAGCAGAACAGCGUGCUGAUGCACAGUAAGAUCACUGAGGCUGGGAAAAGGAAUGGUUUAAUUAACACAAGGAACUUAGUGGCAGAGAGCCGAGAUGGUUUGGUCUCUGUGUACCCCACCCCUCAGUACCAGAGCCACAGAGUGGGCAGCCUGUCCUCUCCCAGAUGCCCAGAGAAUGGCAGGAGUGACCCUGUACAGCAGCUCCUGGACCCCAGCAUGCUGCAGCAGACAGUGGAGUCUCACUACAGGCCCAACAUCAUUCUCUACUCCGAGAACAUGCUGCGCUCGUGGGGUGAGAGCCUGGGCUCAGAGUGCUGUGAGACGACCUUCAUUGAGGAGCACUCGCCCACCAAAGACAGCCUGGAGUACCCUGACAGCAAAUUCAUCGACCUGUCCGCAGAUGACAUCAAGAUCCACACCCUCUCCUAUGAGGUGGAGGAAGAGGAGGAUUUCCAGGAACUAGAGGGCCCCCCCAAAAACUCCUCAAAUCUCCCCCAAAACACCCCAAAUUCUCCGCAAAACGCUCAAGGACCACGCAAAAUCCAUCAAAUUCCCCCCAAAACCCACCCGGAUUUUGGGGAAUCCCAGGGAUUUGGGGGUCCUGUCUGGGCUUAG